UUAACAUUUCUUCUUGAAAAUUGUCCAUUUGUACCUUUUGAAAAAUCAAGAGCAAUAAUCUUACUUUCUUCAAAACGAUGUAAAGAUUUAUUCCACUGUUCGGUUAGAAACUAUCAAAUCACCGGUCGACCUAUUGCUACGAAAGCCAUACUGCAGGUCAUGAAGAAGCUUUCGUUCUUCAAGAUAUUUCUUAACCUGAUAAUUAAACAGCGUUUCCAUGACCUUGGAAAGAAGGGACGUGAGUGCUAUUGGACGAUAGUUAGAGGGUUAAGAGGAUUCACCUUUCUAAGGGAGACGCUGGUCAAAUAUUGGUUUCCAUCCAUUCGGAUGGCCCUGGUUCCUCAUAAAAUUCACUAACGCCCGAUUUCUUGACAAAGUUCUAGCCCUUAAAACUCGGUUUAUUGAAAUUUUAGAACUCAUUUGAGUUCUACGUCAUUUCUUCAUCAAGUUCUAACGCGUUAAAACUUCGAUUUAGAACUUUGUUAUAGUUAGAACUUCGAUAAAGUUAGACCCUCAAAUUCGGGGGUCUAGUGCCUUAAAACUCGGUUUAUUUAUAAUUUCGUUUUUUCAACGAGCGAAAUGAAAAUGAAUUGAAUUUCUAAUCAUUUUCGGAAAAUAUGUACAUAUAUUUAAAGAGAAUAAAUAGCGAAUAUCCUACGAAAAUGGAUCUUAUUUUUAAUGAUUUCCUUUUUAUGGACGAUACGUGCAACAAUUAACACAUGGGACGACACCGAUUUUUUUCCGCUCUUCCGUUUAACAAAACAUGCGUUUUUAGCAGUCCUUCAACUAGUGUCAGAAGACCUUCAACAUCCGCAACCACGGUAAAAUUUCCACGAACAAUUGGAGCAAUUGAUUGUACUCACGUGAAAAUACAAUCGCCGGGUGGAGAAUUGAGUGAGGCUUUUCGAAAUCGGAAAGGUUGGUUCUCGCUUAAUGUGCAAACCAUUUCAUCUGCCAAUUUAAAGGUUUUGAAUGUAGUCGCACGUUGGGCAGGGUCAGUUCACGAUCAAACGAUUUUUCAAAAUUCAUCUGUGCGACAAGAAUUUGAACAGGUUUGGUAUGGACAAUAUAUUCUUGUUGGUGAUUCUGGGUAUGCAAAUACCAGCUAUUUGGCAACCCCUUACACGGCAAACAACCCGGAUAUUGCCAAUAAUCAACGGAUGCAAGUUUACCAAUCCCUCAUCAUCCGAACACGUAAUGUAGUUGCAUCAAUACGGAGUACUAAAACGUCGUUUCCCCGUAUUGGGCUACGGCAUGCGCAUGAACAUUGAAACUUCAGAAAAUUAUUACAUCGUGUUGCAUUUAUCGAGAGGGGCGAAAUGAUUCCACCGGAAAAUCCUGACGAUGAGCAGCGUUUGUGAACGAGCAUAGUGGAAGGAGAUAUAAAGAAUGGGCCAAUGGGAGUUGAAGGUGGUCAGCAUCGAAGUCGUCGAUCAGCUCGCGAAGAUAUUUUGGCAACAUUGUG